ACAAGACAAUUAGCAUUUCUUCUGGACUUACUUUCUCAAGUGACCAAUUUUUCUAAAAUGCUCAAUUACAAUCUCAAAACUCUUGUUUUUUCUCUUCUUAUAAUCCAUACUUGCUUUGGUGUUUCUAAAGGGAAUUUGAGAACUGGGUUCUACUCUCAGACAUGUCCCUUGGCUGAAGCUAUUGUUCUCAAUGUUGUUAAAACAGCUGUUUCUGUUGAUCGCCAAGUUGCUGCAAGGUUGCUCAGGCUCUUCUUCCAUGAUUGCUUUGUCCAGGGGUGUGAUGGGUCAAUUUUGCUCGAGAAUGGGGAGACUGGGGAGAGAAGUGCAAGAGGGAACUUGGGUGUUGGAGGUUUUGAAGUGAUACAAGAUGCCAAAACACAUUUAGAAGGCAUUUGCCCUGGAAUGGUUUCCUGUGCAGACAUUGUAGCAUUAGCUGCCCGUGAUGCUGUUUUCUUGACAAAUGGGCCAUUUUUUGGGGUCCCAACUGGGCGAAGAGAUGGCCGGAUUUCAAAGAUUUCAUUUGCUGCUAAUUUGCCUGAAGUUGACGACUCAAUUGAGAUUCUCAAGUCUAAGUUCCAAGCAAAAGGACUUUCAGAUGAAGACCUUGUCCUUCUUAGUGGUGGUGGGCAUACAAUUGGUACCACUGCAUGCUUCUUCAUGCCAAGAAGACUCUACAACUUUAGUGGCCGAGGAGACUCGGACCCUAAAAUCAAUCCCAAAUUUCUGCCACAACUCAAAACUCAAUGCCCUCUGAAUGGAGAUGUCAAUGUCAGACUCCCUCUUGACUGGUCCUCUGACUCAAUAUUUGAUGAUCACAUCUUGCAAAAUAUCAGACAAGGGUUUGCUGUGAUUGCAUCAGAUGCCAGGCUUUAUGAUGAUAGGAACACCAAACAGAUAAUCGACUCUUAUGUCGGAUCCACCGGAAAAGGAAGGAGGUCUUUUGGAGCUGAUUUUGCUAAAGCAAUGGUGAAGUUGGGGAAUGUUGAUGUUAAAACAGGUUCACAAGGAGAAAUUAGAAGAGUUUGCAAUGCUGUCAAUUAGCACUUGAAAACUGAAUUCUGUACCAACUCAACAUAUAUAAAUAGAAAUCUUGUCAAUGCAAGAAAAGAAACUUUGAAUAUCAAA